AUGGCACCGGCAUCCUCGAAACUCCACGCCAUCACUGAUGACAAGACUCAGCAGCAGAACUCGAGCUGUCCAGCAGCAUCCAAUGGUGCCAUAGAGCCCAGCAAUGCCAAGUGCGCCGCCAGCAGUAACCAUCUCCUGGACGCCGACGAGUUCCGGCGGCAAGGCCACAAGGUGAUCGACUUCAUCGCCGACUACUACGCCGGCAUUGCCGACUACCCGGUACACCCCAGCGUCACCCCGGGCUUCCUCCUUAACCAGCUCCCCGCGGACCCGCCGUCGCGUCCGGAAGAUCAUCCGGACGGCGCAUUCGGGCCCGCGCUGCAGGACGUCCGCGACGUCAUCCUGCCAGGCAUGACCCACUGGCAGAGCCCCCGGCACUUCGCGCACUUCCCGGCGUCGUCCAGCGUCGCGGGCGUCCUGGGCGAGGCCCUGGCCGCUGGCAUCAACGCCGUGCCGUUCACGUGGGCCGCCUCGCCGGCCGCCGCCGAGCUGGAGAUGGUGGCCGUGGACUGGCUCGGCAAGGCGCUCCACCUGCCAGAGUCCCUCCUCUUCUCCGGCGCCGGCGGGGGCACUCUCCUCGGCACCUCCUGCGAGGCCAUCCUCUGCGCGCUCGUGGCCGCCAGGGACCGGAAGCUUGCCGACAUCGGCACGGACAGGAUCGGCGACCUCGUCGUCUACGGCUCCGACCAGACCCACUUCGCGCUCCGCAAGGCCGCGCGCAUCGCGGGCAUCCGCCAUGACCGCUGCCGCGAGCUCCAGACCUGCCUCGCUGACAUGUUCGCGCUGUCCCCGGCCGCUCUGAGCGCGGCCAUGGAUGCCGAUGCCGGCGCCGGGCUGGUCCCGCUGUUCCUCUGCGCCACGGUGGGCACGACCCAGACCACGGCCGUGGACCAGGUCGGCGCCCUCUGCGCUGCCGCCGCCCCCCACGGAGUCUGGGUCCACGUGGACGCGGCCUACGCCGGGUCAGCUCUGGUGUGCCCGGAGCUCGCCCGCGACGCCAUCGACGGCAUAGAAGUCGUGGAUUCCUUCAGCAUGAACGCACACAAGUGGCUGCUGGCCAACACCGACUGCUGCGCGCUGUGGGUGAAGCAGCCGAAGCUCCUGGUGGUGUCACUGGGCACGCAAAACGAGGAACUCAUCCUGAGAGACGCAGCCGCCGAAGGGCACGACGUUGUGGACUACAAGGACUGGGCCAUCACGCUGACGCGCCGCUUCCGGGCGCUCAAGCUCUGGCUCGUGUUCCGCUGCUACGGCGUGGAAGGGCUCCGCGAGCACAUCCGGGCGCACGUCCGGAUGGCCGCGUUGUUCGAGGGCUUGGUGAAGGAUGACCCUAGGUUCGAGGUCGUCACUGAGAGGCGGUUCGCGCUCGUGUGCUUCCGGCUCCGGGCGCCUGAUCAGCUUAUGGACGAGGGGAACGAGAAGAAGAAGACGACGGCUGCGGCCAAUGAGCUGAACAGGAGGCUGCUGCGGGAGGUGAACGGCGUCGCCUUGGGGCCUUACAUGAGCGCUGCAGUUGUAGGUGGCAUCUACAUUCUCCGGUGUGCCGUCGGGAGCACGCUCACGGAGGAGCGCCAUGUUCGACAGGCUUGGGAGGUCGUCCAGGAGCGGGCUACGUCCAUCCUCCGUGGGUAAAAUCAUGGCGCCGGCAGAUUCUGUCCGAUCAAUCUGUGGGUCGGUAGGCUGAAUUGGGCUACAAGGCUCAUAUGUUGGGCCUUUUGUUUUGGAUUGCCAUUUCAUAUUUUCAUAUAGUUGCCCAUGGAGCUCGAGUGUCCAAAAAAGAGAGGAGAGAGUAUAUUGCGGUGAUCCUGUUUGUCUC